AUGGCGGAUGAACUUCUUCGCGAACUGGCUUGUUUUGCAAAGAUGCUUGGUCAAUCUGAAACGUCUUGGAUAGAAAUUAGAGCAGUUUUGGAAAAGCUCAAAUCUUCGGCCUUAGAAAAAAGCAAUAGGUAAGGUUUUUGUGAGGAUUAUACAUUUUCAACAGCUGUUUAGAAGCGAAUGGAAUCACAUGUGUUCAUUCACAAAUAGUUGUGUUUCAUUCUUUGUAGAUGCUGUUUAUCGGAUAUUCACGUAAUACAGACUAAAGAUAUCAUCGUGGCUUGCAAGAAUAUGUUGUAUUCUCACACGAAUGUAGAAGAACAUGAACAACUUAGUCUUCACCUGAAAACUUUGACAGAGGCGUUCAGAUUUCUAAGAAACUGUUGCGCUGAAACACCUAAGAAUCAGAACAUUAUAUUGUAAGUACUGAAAUACUUGUAGUAUUACAGUGUAAGAGAAACCAUAAUAGUAGCAUACCUAGCAACAGCAGAGAAUUUAAUUUCUUGAAUUCAUUGUUCAUAGCUAAAAGAUGCAUCCAGAAAUGUCCAGUUUUGCCCCUUUUUUGUUAUAUAUUUGCUGUAGAAAAUACGGCAUUGUUUUUUUCGUCGUAUUAAACUCGUCAUUUUGCUACCAAAAUGUUGUUCUCUUACAAUGUACUUGUUUUCCUCUAUAGAGUUAGGGUGUGCUAAAAGUAACGAUAGCCUUUAUUUUGGGAGUAACAUCCGUUCUCACAUUAAACCAGUAUUCGACCCUGCUUGGUUCACAAUUCCCUUUGUUUCUGCCCCUAAACUUAUUCAUACGAGACAGUAGAAAUUCUUGUUUAAACUAAACAAGGGUAAACACCAAAUGAUACCUAACAGAAGAUUGAAAAUACAUUACACAAUAUCUGCACCACAAAACAAAAGCAAAUCAGCAAUAGCUUCUGUAACACCAAGAAACAAUCCAAAAUGUUCAUGCAUGAUCGAGUCACUUAGUGAAUGUGUGACGGAUUUGUGUGCAUUAUCUACAAGAUUCUGAUAAUUCUAUGCUUUACACAAGUAGUAAGUCUUCAGAGUAAGUCCUUUUUGUAUUAAUUUCUUGAUCAAAAUUUCCAUUUGUUAAAAUGCUUUUGUGUUGUGUUGAGUGGCGAUGCUAAUGUUAGUUGUGAUAUUCAGUUUGCAUAGCUUUGAAGUUUUGUUACACGGUAAAGUUUAGCAACGAUGCAGCUGUACUUACAGUUUUAUAACCUUUUAGCACUGUGAGAAUCACACAGCAAGUGACCCUUACAUGUAAUAAUCUCUCAUGAGACAUGAAUCCCAUUGUACACUAUCUGAUUCAAGUCAUGUGCUAUUCCAUUUCUUGUUUUGUGAGAGCUGAGUGGUAACUUACUUUUGAGCAUAACUGUAAUAAAAAAACUCCCCAUGUUCCAGCUAAAUGUUUUAUAGGUAUGUUGCAUUUGAAGUGCUGUUCCUGCCCUGUUCCUUGUUAACUUGGGGAAAUGUGAUGAUGAUGUUAUUACAGUGUUAAUAAAGUAUGAUAACAUUAUUAUUGUCAUGAGAUUAAAGUCUAGAAGGUCACACCGUCUGGUCCGUUACCUGCAUUAAUAUUGAAACAACUUUGGUUUCAUGGUCCUUUAACUUUCUCCAUCAUCUUCCGAACGAAAUUCCAGUUAGUGAAAGAGGACAAAAGUAAAAAGAUUGUGCUGAGAGUUAACCAACAUGUUAUAUUAACUGAAUUUUUUUCUAUGCAUGUAGGAGUGGAUGCUGUUAAUGAUGUUUUAAGAAGUAGCCUUCAGCUUCUUGGUAAUGCAGUGGUAAAAAAUGAGACUACUCAGGGACUUGUGUGGAAGAAAUGCUUCCCACAAUUUUUCUUGUGAGUUUUGUUAUCCUUUGGGAAACAUUAAAUUAAACUUUUCUCAAUGAAAUAAUGAUGUUGUCUUAGUAUGUGUAAUCAAAUGGUGACGAGUGAAAUUAGGGAAUAAUUUCAUGUGCGUUUUGUCCAAAUCAGCAAUCCUCAUAAUUUUCCAAGCCUUUAAUCAUGGGUGACAAAUUACGUUAGCAUUCUUGGAUUUUUGACAUGUUUUAUAUGAUUCCUGGAUUGCAUCGAUCAAGAACUUCCUUCUCUCGAACGUUUAGAGCUUAAAUUUGGCUUAAGUUCAGAAUUUUUUGACAAAAAACCUGUUAGAAUCCUUCUUGAUGUGCUCUUUUGUGUGUUUAGGUUUUCUAAAGCGUCUUUUUAUGCGCUAGCAUCUUCAGUCAUUCAUGACAUAUUAAAACUUUCGUUGCCAUCUUGACACUGAGACGUGCGGAAGGUUGCCAUGGCAAUUUUGUAAUUUCACACGUGAAAUAACAAAUUAUCGCUCAAAUUUUGCAUCAAAAUUAAGGAGUAAUUCGUCACCUAUGAUAUUAAGUGAAUAAGCAGUUAGUUAUUCUUUCUUUUCCUCCUCAUCUAGUCUCCCAUGCAGCUGUUCAUUGUGUGGGUCACCCCUCACUUUGUGAUGACACAGAGAACAGCUGCAUGGAAGACUACAUGUACUCUUCAUCCUGCCCUGAAAAAAAAAAUGAUGCUAUUGAACUGGUUUGGUUGAACCUAUGAAUUCCCAAUUUAUCAAUCAAAUUAAGGAAAAUCAUGGUAUUCUGCUGUUUUGUUUUAAACUAUACACUUUUUGUUAUCUAGUGAGGGGAAUUUUUUUGUUGAUAACUAUCUUUCUGGCCCACUGGCAUUCUGUUACAUUAGUGCAUGUCCUUCCCUCUGCUUGGUAUUAAUUUUAUGCAAAGUUAAUGUUUUUUUGCUAAUUUUUAAUUUUCUUACAGAGAUGUGUUUUCAUCAACAAAUCACACAAUCCAAGACUGUUUAUGUAUGAUAAUUUACAACUGUUUAAAUGAACAGAACAGGUACUUGUGCAAGCUUUUGUGUUCUUGGUAUACAUGUAUAUCUCAGGGCUAUCUGUACUUGCUCAGGAUUACAGAAGUUUUUCCACUAUUUUAAUAUAUUUUUUUUCCAGGAUACAGCUUGUAAGAGACCACUGUGGACUGAAGAUCAUUUCUCACAUUGUUCAUUUGUGUGCAGAGAAGACUCAACUUGAGUGGGGGUGGGUAUAAAUAAUCAGAUCCAAAGAGGGAGGGGGUGGCACUCGAGAAGUUUGAGUGGAGGACUGUGCCUUCAAGGUCUUCAAACCCUGACCCUGUUUCAGACAAAAAUCAUUCAUGUUUAAGACAAGAAACCAGAUUUCAUGACCCUCCUUCCUUUUGUUUCGCACACAGAAUCAGGUAAUUUUUAAAACUAAUGUCAUGCAAUUAUACACAUAUUUUUUUGAAAAAGAUAAAAAUUGUUGGUACCACACAUGUAGACCACUUAUCACUAGCCUUCACACUUCAAAAAGGCACCCUGUUCAAGACGGUCACCCUAAAUAGUGAAAUUGUAAGAUUCAAGACCUUGAGAACCACAUCCUGUUGAGUGGACAUACCCAUCUGGCCAAAUAAGGGGGUGCCCCCCCCAUUAAUCAGAUCAUGUAUCUGUCUUUAGUGUCGUGCUUAAUCAUGUUAAGCUUUUGUGCUCAAUACAGUUUUUUCUAAGUUUAUUUUUUUUCAGAUAUUUUAUUUUAGAUUACUUGAUCUGUAAUGGUUUAUUCCCUGAGAUGUAUCAAGGAAUUGAAUUUGAUCCACUCGCAAGGUAAAGAAGGUAUAAAGUAAAACAUAUUUUAAAAAGUAAAACAUAUUUUAGGUUUCUGCUAAAAUAGACAGCUUGUGUUUAUUUUGUGUUGUGAAAUAUUUAAAAAUGUAAUAGUAUAAUGCAGAAUGCCUUCAGAAAGGUUUCUUGUUAAUGGGAUCAUUGUAGGACCUGUCCACAGGAUCUAAUUAAAGUUAUUUUCACCUCAUUAUGUCUUUUAUCAUCGCUUUUCUCAUGACGUAGCUCCUCUGUUUUAUACACUAAAAUAUGGGAUUCUACCUUUAACCCUUACAAGAGUACCAGUGAGGGUCUCAGUCAAUAGACUUAACCUUGUCUCAAAACAGAUUAUUAAUGCCAAUUAAGUCUUACUGGUAUACUCAGAAAUGGCUGAGGUUUGAAUUCUUUAAAGCCAUAAUCUGUUCAUGCAUGCAUCAUCCCAUUUUGCCUUUAAAAUUAUGUAUUCUUUCCUGCAUUCACAAGGAAUCUUAUACACUACUCCAUAUUGUUUUCAUGGAUCAAUAGCAUCAUCACACUAAGUGUGAUGUAAGUGACGUGUUGUGUCAGUUUAAAACAGGUUGUAUGCCUUGCUGUUGCAGGCAAAUAUAAAGAGGUUCAGAUGUUGGCUCUUUUAUAAUGUAUGGUUUUUGGAACAUGUUUUUCAAUAGAGUGAAAGCCUUCCCCGAUGUUUCAAGCUUUAGGCCCCCUGUUAAGAAUGUUGUUUCUUCUUUGAUCUGAGCCACAUGUCCUAGUCAUAGAGAAGUUGGACCUUUCCUGUAAUUUAUGCCAAAAUUGCUACAGCAGUGGCAGAUCCAGGGGAGGUGCCUGGGUGGGGGCACCCCCCCGCCUUAUUAAUUUUUUAGACCAAAAUGAGGCCCGAAGGGCUGAAAAAAGUAUUUUUGAGCCCGCCCCCCCCUCCUUAUCUCAGAGUCUGAAUGGCCAGGCCACCCCCCCCCCUUAUCUGAAGGUCUGGAUCUGCCACUGUGCAGUACUGAUUCUCUUUAGAUGAGACUCUUGUCUCUAGAGACGAGAUGUUCAUCUCUGGGAUGAGACACUUGUCUUUCGAGAAAUGAGAUGAGAUUGGUACAUGUAAGAUUCUUUUGAGCAGUACUGUAGAACUGCAUUUACAGUUUCAAGUACAAUGAAGGGAUAGGAUUCACUAGGAACAGAAAACUGUAAAAUAUCUGUCAAAAUAGUAUUAUCUUAUGCAAAUGUUGCAUUUUUCACAGUAUAACAAAGUAACAUUGUUAUUGGUUUAUUCUUAGAGCGUGCAUUAUUGUUGCACAUUUAGUGAGCACUGUUGUGUUUAAGUAUUGUAAUUUUGUCUCGUUACUGGUUAAUAGGAUUAUUCUGUUGGACUUAUUCCAGGUGAAAACAACAGGUAAGUUUAAUAUUUAUUUACCUAUCAUUAUCGAUAAAGGUAAAUUUAAAGUUAUUUCGUUUGUUACAGGGUUGUCAUCAGGGUCUGAGGGCUGGAGAUUUCCCAGGGUUUUUUCUAUAUGAACAUGACCUCCUCACUUCUCGCUACUUUCAUAGGAAUUAACAAAGAAGAUCAUAGAAUGAAAAGGACUUCCUAGCUGUCAAAACUGCACCUACACCUUAAUUACUUAUAUGUGGCAACUUGAAACCUUACUGACAGCCCUAGAGAGUAGCUAAUAGGAUGAAUACUAGACCAUGUAGUGUAAAAAGGUGUUAUUUUACUGGCUUGGUCAAGCCCAAGGCCUAACUCCAUUUAGACUUGUUUUAACAGGUACAUUAUUUUGAAUGUUUUGGCCUUGGUGUAGAGUAAUUACUGGUAGUCUUUUGCUGGUUAAAUAAGCCAAGAUCCAACUCCAUUUGUAACUUUAAUAAUUAUUUGUAACUUUGAUAUUCAAUGCUGCAGCCUUUUUGGCCAUCUACAGAAGUUUCACCGUUGCUGGUAUGCAAAUGAUGAUUGAAUUUUUUUGUUGAAUGUUUUAGAUGCCUUAGAUGAACCAAGUGACAGAUCACAAGGGCAGUCAGUGGAAGAGCAGUUUUAUGCACCGUCAUUAAGUUAUGUAGCUGAUCAGUUUGAAAAUCAUGCUGUAAAUAUCACUGAGAGACUUCAAGAAAUGGAUACCUCAUCUGAUGACUUUGUAAGUGUCUUGCAUAAUUUUUCUGCCUAACCGAUUGACCCAUAAACCACCUGUAACUGACGGGUACACCUAGGUGUAGGGAAGACAAAAUUGUCAGUUCCUGUUGUAGAAGUAGUAGAUUGAACACGUCUUCCUUCUCUAGAAAGUUUGGUCUAGUCUUUGUCGUGAUAAGUCUCUUCUUCCGUCCCCAAACGCAAAAAACCUUACAAUGUUGACCUGAAAAUUCAACUGCCCACCUACCUUUCCAUCCAUCCAAUCCCAAGAUCCUUAAGGCAUUCCCAGAAUGUUUCCUAACGUUACCCUCUGAAAUGAAGCCUACUAGAUGCCCAGUAACAAAAAAAAAACAAACAAAUCAAAUCAAAAGAGAACAACAAUGACAACAACAACAACAACAAGAGAAGAAAAGCUGAUAUUUUGCAUCUGGAAUGGGUCACAAAGUACUUGAUUUAAAAACAGAAUGUUGGACAGUUUUGGCUCACUAUAGCAAGACAGUGAAAAAACAGCUCGAUUGGCUUCAGAAGGUGAUUUUUGGCAAAAUUCCCAGGAGCAAAUGGGUUAAUGUCUACAUUUUACUCUUGCUUUGACUCCUCACACUUGUGCUGUCUGUACUGGUCACUGUACAUCUGUUUAAAAAGAACCAAAAACAGCCCAAAACAUUGAUUGCAAGUUGAGUUCUACCAGGCUUAUGUUUCUGAUUUUACAUUACAAGUUUAGGCAUGCAUAUUGUGUGGUUCAGUUUUAUCCUUGGUUUAAAUUUUAUUUUCCUUUGUUGGGGGUAUGGUAAUGUAUGAUAAUGAGUUUGGAACCAAGGAAAAUAAAAUCCAAACCAAGGAAAAAAAUUGAACCACAACACAUACAUGUAGAAGGCAAAAUUUUUAGAAGUGGCAUUACAGCCAUCUAUUCCUCUUCACCAACUUCUCACUCUUUUCUUCCCAAUGCUUUUCUUUUUUGGACAUUUUUUAGGCUUCAUUUUUAUCAAUAAAAUGUUUCCACAAUGACCUCAGCGGUAAAAAGUUGCAUAUUUUCAUUUUGAACAUGGAAUUACUAGUUUCCUCCUUUGCAGCUGUUCAGGCUGAAGUCAAGCAGUGCUCCCCGCCCCUACACCUGGGCAGGAAUGUGUGACUCAGCCCGAGUGCCUGGCAAGGAGACCAUAAAAUUGCAGGCCUAAAAUAGCAUUUUUUAUCAGUUUCAGGUGCUGAUUGUGACAAGGCUUUUAAGUUUACUCUCCAUAAGUACUGGACUACCAUCAAAUAUCACUGGUUUGCAUGACAGAACAGCAUUACUGGAGACUUGUCUAGGUUAGUCAAGAAUGUGGAAAGGAAUGGAAAUUUCUUUCAUGAUUCAUUUACAAAAUUAGUUAUGUCUGAGAAAACCUACAUAUAGUUAUUCCUUCAACUGGUGAAACAACAUCCUAUUGAUUUCAAACAAAAUGUCCCCAUUAAUGCAUUUCAAAAACCUCUGUGUCCUCACUACAUUGCCCAUAGCUUCUGGCUGUUCGCACUUAGUCAUUUAAAAUAUAUAGCUUUUGCAUUAAUGUUAUUAGUUUGUUUCUGAGCUAAUAUCACUUUGUUGCUGGGUCGUUCAUGAGUAGCAAUGUGUCCAGAGUUUAAAACCCCCAAAGGUGAUGUCAUAUCUUGGGGGAAUUUGCUGUUGCGUCUUUUUCUUGCACUGUGUUUUUCAUUCUUUAAUAUUUAGUUUAUGUCUGACAGCACAAUAUCCUCACAGUACUGGUACUUUGCACCUGCCAUGCAGGCUAGGUAAAAUAGUGAUUUCAACUUUAAUUAAGAUCUCUGUUGUAUAAAGAAGUACCGAAGGUCCAGCCAAAAUUAACACAGGUCUUUAGACAAGGUUACGUCACAUCAGUCUCUAAAUGAAUGAUGAAGGUAAAUUUUCUGUCACAUUUUUUUUUUAUUUCCUUUUUUAAGUUGUCUUUGCUCAGAGCGUAGCUUUCUGGCAGCAAAUAUACAAAAUUUGACAUGUUUCAAAUUCACUUUAAUAGUUUUUACUAACAAUAUGUACAAUUCAAUUCUGCAGGUUUACUAAAGGAGACAGCUCAACCUGGCAUCAAAGAAACAUUUAGCAAUGUCAGCUCUGUUCCACAAGGUGUAGACUCGGGGAAACUGAGCCCUAGUCAUGGCUUUCAGAGAGACCUGGUGCGAGUUAUUGGAAACAUGUGCUACCAACACACAGCCAAUCAAAACAAGGCAAGAUGCAUGCCUGUGUAGCAGGCGCCUGUAAUUUUGGGCAAAGGGAGAAAUUUCAAGGAUGCGCACACGUGAGGGGUGAAAAAGGAGAAGAGGCCUAUUCCACCCUUCACGUUUUCUCCUUGGAUGCUCCAUGAAAAAACUAACUGGCACCUGCCAAGUAGACUAAUACUGUGUUUUGAUCGAGGUGGAAUCCAUCUUCAGAAACUCCCGUGUACAAAACCAUUUUGGCUUUUAAAGACUACUGUCUUAUGGCUCAAAUGUGAAAUGAACCUUCUUUGUGUUUUCAUCGAAAACCUUGCUUAUACAAACACUUAUCAGACUGUGGUGGUCAAAAAUGUUUAACCCCCUUAGAGUGACCAACAUUCAAUUUCUCCUUAAAGUUGCAUUAAUCAAUCAAUCUUAAAGGUCAGGAGAAAAAAGGAGAUGGUCAGCAAAUGAAAAGGUCUUAAUUGCUAAACAAAAUCUCCUCAUCAUUAUCGUAGGAAAUGUACAAAAAACAGUGCAGAGAAUAUACCUGCUGAUAUAAGUGCUUAUUUACUGUUAAUCAGUAAAAACGCGCAAGUAAGAACGUGCGUUUUCCCAAGUUAGCCCAAACAGGUUCUUGAAUAAAUGGUGAUUAGCACAAAUUUUAGUAACUAAGGUUAUUAAAUAGAUUCUUAUUUUCUGAAGAAAAAAACACGUUGUAGCUAAGAGUAUUCAGUGGUAUUCCGCUUAUUCCUUAUGUAAAAUCUGCAUACCAUUGCAUUGCAGUUGGAAUGAUCAGGCACCAAAGAGGAUACUGAAUGUUGACUUAUCUUAUUUACCCAAGUGUUUAGAAUUUUUUUAGACAUUUUAGAGAAUAAAAACCUGUUUAAGAUUUUCGGCUAAACAGCUUCCUCUACGAAGGGGCCCUAAAUGGGUAAUUUUAACUUAACAGGUUCAUAAAAACCAGGUUCUUAGUCGCGGGUUUUUACAGUAAUUGGUUUAUUGGUUUUAUUAAUGUUCAUAUAGGUGCGUGAACUUGAAGGAAUUCCUCUACUCCUGGAUCAUUGCAAUGUGGAUGAUCAUAACCCGUGUAUCCUUGUAUGCUUUUUGUUACAUUUGCUUAUACUCUGAGAGUAGUUGUUUCUCCGGCCUGCAGAAACCACUGCUCGCAGGGUAAUUUGGUUAUCGUUAAUGGGUUUGGAGGUAAGGCAGACAAUUACGUUAAAGCCGAAUUGAGGAAACCGUUUCUGAACUUAGAUAUAUGCAGUAAAAUAUUGCCUUGCAUUCACGUUCUCUAGAGACUUUUUUUUUCAGUAGCCCAGUAAAGUUUUAUCCACGCAAGUCUGUGAACCGUAAAAGUAUAUAAACCAUACCAACUUAUGUGUUCAUGACUAUUGACGAUUCCUUCUUUAAUACUUUGUUUGUUCACUCCCAAAUUUUGCGUAUUUAGUUAUUUUUGCUCAAAUACAUAUUUAUGAGCAUUUGAAAACGAAAGUUCAUGCCAAAAAGGGGCAAACGGAGUCUAUUAGAAACGAAAUGUCGUUACUGGGAAUGCGUCGGUCAGCUAUUGGCCAAUUUAUUUUCCUUUUCUUACUAAUAGUCCCAGAAGUCUUUGCGAAAGUUAUCUCACCCCAGUUUACUUCUCUUUUCUAAAGUAGCGAAUUGUAGCUGGCGACUGGGUCUGUGUUGUGUCGAAUUGCACUAUGGGACUGUUCUGGGUUUUUGGCUCUAACGAAGUUGCGUAGAAAACUAGGUCACUAUUAGUUUGCUUAAAAAAGUACCAAAGGGCAAUUAAACAGUCUCAAGCGAAAUCUCAAAAUAAAAGUGAUGUAGACUUAUCGCACGUAAAAUUCCCACGUGUCUCCAUCUGAUCCGUCCUUUGUCAAAUCAUCGCAGAAGUAAUCCGAAUGGCCCAUUGCUACAGCAUGUUUUUCACUUUUCCAUAGAACAAGCCUUUUGUACAUUUUAAUAUUUUCUGGAGUUGUAGCGUUUUCUCCCCACGCGUUUUUUCCCCACGCGUUUUUUCCCCACGUGUUCUUUGUUGGGUGCCCCCAUUUCAUGCACUCACCAGAU